AUGGCGUCCUCGAACAGGCACUGGCCGAGCAUGUACAGGUCCAGUCUCGCCUGCAACUUCCAGCAGCCGCAGCCUGACAUGAACAACGGCGGCGGCGGCAAGUCCUCCUUGAUGUCCUCAAGGUGCGAGGAGAGUGGAAGGAACCCGGAGCCGAGGCCGCGGUGGAACCCGCGGCCGGAGCAGAUCAGGAUCCUGGAGGGGAUCUUCAACUCCGGCAUGGUGAACCCGCCGCGCGACGAGAUCCGCCGCAUCCGCCUCCAGCUGCAGGAGUACGGUCCCGUCGGCGACGCCAACGUCUUCUACUGGUUCCAGAACCGCAAGUCCCGCACCAAGCACAAGCUGCGCGCCGCGGGGCAGCUGCAGCCGUCCAGCCGCGCCGCCCUGGCGCGCACGUGCGCGCCGCCGCCGCCUGCGCCGGCCCCCGCACCCGUGACGCCGCCGCGGCACCUGUUCGCUUCUCCCGUGGCGCCCACCUCCUCCUCCUCGUCGUCAUCCGACCGGUCCUCCGGGUCGAGCAAGUCUGUGAGGCCGACCGUCGCUCUUCCGUCUCCCGCUGCGGCGGCCAUCCAGCAGGGCGUGCUGCCGGCGACGGCCAUGGACCUGCUUUCGCCGACGCCGACGCCGGCUCUGGCGGCACGCCAACUCUACUAUCACAGCCAGCUCAUGGCUCCUGUCAUGCCCGCGAUGCCCGAGCUGAUCACCUCCACCGAGCCGCUCUUCCUCCAGUGGCAGCAAGGCGGCCACUACCUGCCGGCCACCGAGCUCGGCGGCGUUCUCGGCGCCCACACGCACGAGCCGGCGGCCAUCUCACACAGCGUGCUCUUGGGCCUUUGCAACGAAGCUCUAGGGCAAGAUUGCGUCGACAUCAGCAGCUCCAAGGGCCUUGGCCAUGGCCAGUACUGGAACACCACCUGCGGCUCUGAUCUGAGCAGCAACAAGACCGACGCGGUGAGCGCCGUGAUCAGGGACGACGAGAAGGCCAGGCUCGGGUUACUCCACUACGGCUUCGGCGCCGCCGCCGCCGCCACUUCGGCGCCUCUUGCCACUCCUGUGCCGCAAGCUGCUGUAGAUGCCAGUACGGCCAUGCUGCUUCCAAGUCCUGCGCCGAGCACCGUUGCCGCUGCUGCCACGACCGCCGUACUCACCGAUCAGCUGCAAGGGCUGCUGGACGCCGGGCUGAUCGGAGGGACGCCGCCGCCGCCGCCGACGGCGACGGUGGUGGCCGUGGCCCGGGACGCCCUGACGUGCGCGGCCACGGCCACCGCGCAGUUCAGCGUCCCGGCGAUGCGCCUGGACGUGAGGCUGGCGUUCGGCGAGGCGGCCGUGCUGGUGCGCCACACCGGCGAGCCGGUCCUCGUCGACGAGUACGGCGUCACCGUGGAGCCGCUCCAACCGGACACUCUCUACUACGUGCUGAUGGCGACUCACUGAGAAUAAGCUGCAGCACGUCGAGUCAAAGAGACCGAAGAGUCUUUGUGUUGAAGUUGGAUGCCACGGCGUUG